AUGGCGGAGGAAGACAUUCGUCAAGUUGAAAUAUCUACGAUAGCAUCCAUCUAUCCCGAGUUACACGUCGACGAAAAUGACCCUUAUAAGAUAUCAAUCGAGCUGCCUGUGAGCUUAGCAAAUCCAGUAACUGUAUUCUUCCCAGCUACCACCGAAGGCGCGCCUUCGGUCGAGUCAGUACAGGGCCAAAUCCCAGUGGUCACAGCCGUAGAUUCACACGCCUUGUCAAAUCUACCAGCAUUGCACGUCGUUAUACAACUUCCGGACGAAUAUCCCCUAGAAGAGCCACCCCGAGUCGAUAUUUCGGUUUCGCCUCCUUGGCUGCCAGGGGAUAUCUUACGCAAGCUCGAAACCGAGGUGGUGACACUGUGGAAAGAAUUCGGACGCGAUCAAGUCAUAUUUGCAUAUCUCGAUAAUUUACAACUGUCUUCUGAAACAGUCUUUGGGUUAGUCGACGAUGAUGGGCGUUUAAGAAUUGGGUUAGAACACAAGAUAGAGAUCCUUGACUACGAUAUUAAAGCCAAGCAGAGGGCUUUCGACAAAGAAACUUUCAAUUGCGAUAUCUGUUUAGAUCCUCAAAAGGGGAGCGUUUGCCACAAGAUGCUCGACUGUGGCCAUGUCUUCUGCGUACAGUGUUUACAGGCUUUUUAUAACAAUGCUAUUACGGAAGGCGAUAUAGCUUCUAUACGAUGUCUCCAGCCAAAAUGUGCAAAGGAACGAGAGGAUGCUGUUAAAGGUUCCAUGAGGAAAAAGAAAGCCAAGACCUUCAUCAGCCCUAGCGAGCUCUUACAAAUCCCCCUGGAGCGGGAUAUGGUCAUGCGCUACGUCACGCUAAGACACAAAAAUGAACUCGAGUCGGAUAAGAACACUGUAUAUUGUCCUCGACCGUGGUGCCAAGGCGCGGCUCGAUCAAAGAAUCAUAAGAAGCCCGAGGGGCUUGAAUUCGUCGAACCGUCCGAGUCCGAUAUAGAUGACAUCGCGGAGGACGAUACGGAGAAGAAUGAAUCGGCCCAAGCUUUGCUUGCUAUCUGCGAGGACUGUGGAUUCGCUUUCUGUACUCGAUGUCGACAGUCGUGGCAUGGCGAAUUCCAAUAUUGUACGCCGCAAAAAAGAAAAGACGAGAUCACGGAGGAGGAGGAGGCGUCGCUGAAGUAUCUGAAGACGUACACCACCCCGUGUCCUACCUGCGAUGCUCCAUGUCAGAAAACACAGGGCUGCAACCAUAUGUGCUGCUUCAGAUGCCAAACACACUUCUGCUACCUCUGUUCUGCUUGGCUCGAUCCUUCUAACCCGUAUCAACACUACAACGUUCAACCCUCAGGUAAGAAAAGCGCCUGCUACAUGAGGCUAUGGGAGUUAGAUGGUGACGGAAUUGAGAUCGAACACGAGGGGAAUGAGGUUAGAAACAUAGCCGCUGCGCCUGGCCGAAACGGACAACACUUAGAAAUUGUUCAACAGCGCAUUGUUAACGAGCCUGACGAGGCUGAUGGCGAAGCGCCAGUAGCGAUAGAACGCCAGCAACCGCGGCCAAGACGCGACCAACGCCAACUGCCAAGGGAUCAGCCUAAUGGAAGAGUCGCCGUGGCCCGUGAAGGGCCGCUUGUACUCCGGAUCGAGGGCGGCGUACCGCCGGCUCAGGAUAUAGUGCGACGUCGUCAGCCCGGCAUUCCAAACAACCAUGGUGAAGUCCACGCCUUCAACGUGGGUCUGCGAGGGGGCCGAGGAAAUAGGAGAGGCAGAGGUAGAGGCCCCGGGGUAAAUCGGCAAAACAACCGGAAUCGACUUCAGGGGCAGAACCAACAAAUGAACAACAACGGUCGCAACGGCCAGAAUAGGAUGGGGGAGGACGAUGUGCUCCGCGGAGAUGGCCAACUAGAUGCGAGAGACGAAGCAUGGGUUCGCCAAUUCGUGCAGCUGGCACUUAACGACCAGGAAGAUCUGGUCGAAGAUAGUGAUGACGACUAG